AUAUUGAUUAAAUUUAAAAUGUCUAUUUUAUUGUACAAACAAUUAUUUUUUACUAUUAUUAAUAUUUUUUACAUUGAAUGCUAUUAUGAUUAUCAUUACUACAAUAGCUAUGAUCCUUAUAGGUAUCAAAGUAAUGAUUACAAUCAACCAUUAAGAGACAGAUUUGAUGAUUAUUAUGAAUAUGAAUCACAACAAAGAUAUGGUUUACACUAUAGAGAAAACUAUGCAGAAGAUGGUGAAGAAGUAGAAAAAAAAGAAAAAUAUGGAGGAAUUAGGAGUUAUUCAAGUUAUUCGGAUGAUAUCGAUAAGAUGUUUGGUGACGACUCAUCACAAUCUCAACAUAAAGAUGAAGAAAAAGUUGAAAAAACAGAAAAAGAAAAAAAAGUUGAAAAAUUGGAAAAUACAGAAACCGAAGACAAUCGUCGAUCUCUUCAACAAUCAAAUAAAGAUUCACUUGAGUUGACUAAAGACAUAAAGAAAGUUGUUGUCAAAUCACUACCUUUUGGUCAACGAAUUGGUCAUUAUAUUGACUCUAUUGAUGUCGUCUAUAAAAAAGCCACAAAAUUUCCGAAAGAAUUCGCUCAGGAUUUCAGCAAACUAUUUGAUUAG